GAACAACUAUUGUUUUACUAUUUCUAUUAUUCAAUUUCUUUCCAAGAUUUUGCUUUAUAUAAAACAUCUGGUUAUCAUAUAUAAAACAUCUGGUUAUCAUAUAUAAAACAUCUGGUUAUCAUAUAUAAAACAUCUGGUUAUCAUAUAUAAAACAUCUGGUUAUCAUAUAUAAAACAUCUGGUUAAAUCAGAUUUAAUUUUUUAGAGAAUUUAAAAUUUGAAGUCAUGAUCUAUGCAUAUACAGUUUUGUUGUUAUGCUUGGUAUCGACGACGUUCAUAUGGACGGCAGUUAUUAGUGAUGACAAUUUGCAAGACUAUGACGAUUUAAAAAAAGAUAUUGUUAAUGAAAUUGAUAAACAGUUUGAUGAUGAUAUUUUCGAAGAAUCUUUGGAAGAUGACCAAAGCACGGACGCAAAGUUCUUGGAUGAACAUAUCGGAAAGAUCUAUUCGAUUGAAUCACGUGAUUACAGUUAUUAUCGACUUGGUUCAAAUGGUCCUUCAAUUAAUUUGUAUUCAAAUGGUGUUGAGAAAUUCAAAGUUGUUAAAGGAUUAAAUGGACGACCUGACUCAAUUUCUUUACAAUCAGUGAAGGAAACCAAUAAGUACAUAAGUCAACAAAAUUUUGUUAUCCAAUUACUUCCAUUAGAAGUUAACUCAAAUCAGUUCAAAAACAGUUCUUCUUUUAUCAUCAGAAAUGACAAAUAUUUUACAGGCUACUUUGCAUUAGAAUCUUCAGGUUACCCUGGGUACUUUCUCCAUUCUCAAUUAUAUUAUGUUACAAAAUUGGUAAAAUCGACCUCCAAGUUAGAAUAUUAUCAAAGCUUCAGAUUCGUACAAUUAGGAAAUACACAUAUUGGUAAAUGCUACUCAUUUCAAUCAAAAAACUUUCCAAAUUAUUACAUUGGUGUUGGACAUGAUGAUGUUGUAACUAUUCGACUUCAUAGUAUGGAUGGAUUUUGCAUUGUCAAACCACUUAAUGGACAGUCUGAUGCAGUUUCUCUUCAGUUAGUAAAGGAUAGCUCCCAGUACUUGCGCCUACAAGAUAAUGUCCUCAAGCUGCACUCGAUUGACAUUUUUUCUUCUUUCAAAAAUGAUGCUUCUUUCAUUCUACGUGAUAAUUAUUAUUACCCUGGAUAUGUUUCAUUCGAGUCUGCAUACUCCCAUAAAUAUUACCUUGGACACCAAUCAGAUACCAUCAAAUUGCUCAGAGAAGAACCCUUUGUUGAACUUUACAAAAAAGAUACAAGUUUUAAACUUGUGCAGUUGGAAAAUUCGCGUAUUGGAAAGCAGUAUUUAAUUCAAUGCAAUGAUCUACCACAAUAUCGAAUUGGUGUUAGAAACCAUGAAACAGCAGCUAUUGUUUUCAAAAGCUUGGAUGAAUUUCGUGUUGUUAAAGCACUCAAUGGACAAAGUCAGUAUGUUUCUCUUCAAUCAGUCAAUGAUAAAGAUAAAUAUUUACGUGUUCAAGGAUUUGGUCUUAAGCUACAAUCUAUAGAUUUUACCUCUGAACAUUUUAAUGGUGAUGCAUCUUUUAACUUACUCGAAAGCUAUUAUUACCCAGGCUACAUUUCUUUUGAGUCAGCAAAUAAUCCUGGAUAUUUUCUUAGACAUGAACACUUUACUGUUAAGCUGCUCAAAGAAGAACCCUUCGAUGAAAAAUACAGACGAGCUGCAAGUUUUAAGCUUGUGCGAUCUUCCGUAAAUGCAAGUCGAUCGAUUUUGAAAUUAGUUUUAGAAAUGAACCUAAAGAACAAAGUUCGAGAUCGUCUCCAUAGCAAUAAAGUUUGAAUGUUUACGCCAAAAACAUGGAUGCAAAAAAUAUAAAAAUUAAGCAAAGAUUUUUAUUGAAUAAAUUUGAUUUACUUUGUUA